AUGCUUUCCUUCUCCUCCCCGACCUGGCAAUCCUCCCUCCUCGCCGCCUCCAAAUCCUCCUCCAAAUCCUCCAACAACAAAACAUCAUCAACGAGCGCAGGUCCCCGCGGGCACGCCGCCUCCGAGAUCAUCCCCCGUCUCUACCUCACAGACCUCUUCACAGCGCGGAACGAAGCCGAACUCAAAAGACUGGGCAUCACGCAUAUCGUGUCGGUGAUCGAGCACGAGCCGUCGUUCCCGGAGAUUGCGGAGGGGAUGAAGAAGUUGCAUAUUAGGGUGGCGGAUAGGGCGGAGGCGGAUUUGGGCGUGCAUUUGGAGGAGACGACGAGGUGGAUUGGGGAGGCGUUGGGGGAGGAGGGGAAUAGGGUUAUGGUGCACUGUUUCAUGGGAGUUUCCCGGAGCGCAACCGUCGUCUGUGCAUACCUCAUCGCCACGAUGUCCAUGACCGCCCCGGAAUCGAUCUCCUUCGUACAAUCAAAACGGGGCAUCGUCUGUCCCAACAUCGGGUUUCGCCACCAGCUGGAAGCGUACGAGGAGCGG